CCCAAAUAUUUCUCAUCUCUCAUCCUUCCUUCAGUCAUGAUCAGCCUUCAAGCACGGCAGGCUCAAGUCGUCGCACAUUGCCUGCCGGGCUCCCGUUCAAACUCUUGAAACUCGCACGUGUCAUAUCUCCUAGUGAGUCCAUUCCCAACAUCAAACGCCUGCCCAUCGCCCUCCGACCUCCGUGUCUCCCACGAGACGGACCUACUAACUCAUGCCAUCAUGAAGUUUCGCCCCAAAUUUCGCCCCAAUCUGUCCAAAGAAGGCUCGAAUCGGAAUCGAAUCCGGAAAAUCUCGGGUUCGUCCGACCAGCCACCCCAUCAUGGGCGGAUCCGGACUACCUCAGCAGCUAGUGGAGGACCAUCGAUGACCGAACCCGUGCCCGCCGUGUCCCAGCCGGUCGGGGUCAAGCGGGUGCCCGUGGUGAACCGCGUACUCGAGGAGGAGCCACUCUCAGUGGCACCAACGGCCUCGAUGAACGAGAAAAUCACGGAUUGGCCGCCGUCAACCUUGGCCUCUCCGCCUACGUCACCCGGUUGGGAGCGGGCCCCGUCACCCGCACCCAAACGGGCGACGGAGCCGAAGGAGCCGUGUUUGACCAGUCCUCUUCAUGAUCCACAAGCACAACAACUUGCUCAUUCUCAUCAUCAUUCUCAUCCGGCUUCGGUCUUUCAUCGCCGCCGAGCCGAUCAUAAGCGGAAAUUCACGCAGGGCGUGCCCGAACGCGGCCAAAUGACCAUGUUCGAUUUGAUCUAUUACAACCCGCAGCACGGCUCGCGCAUGUCCACGUCCAGUUCCCGGCGUACGUCCCGCGCCUCUUCGUGUAGUGAUCGCACGGCGGGCUCGGAAGUGGGCGGGGUCGAGGGUGACGGGGUGGUACCUGAUCCGAGUCGGGUGACCACGCCCGACGAGCCCGAUGAAGAUCUGGUGGCCGCGAGUGCGACGGACGAGCCACAAGCCACACCGCCGGCCGUAGAGGACCUGGACGAGCCCGAUGAAGACAUGCCCGUGCCCCAAGUCAAGGUCGGACCCAACGGGGAGAUCAUUCUGGACGAUGAGAGCACGCUCAUCGAGACCUCGGCCGCCAAAAAGGCCAAAGAGGACUUGCUCAAGUCCCCUUUGGUAUUUGAGAACGCCAAUCAAGGCACCAAUUACGGCAGUUGGGGCAAGAAGCGCAAGAACGUGGAUUGGGGCGACAAGGAAACCAUCCGGUUCUACAAGGCCCUCAGCAUCUUCGGCACGGACUUCUCCAUGAUGGAGAACAUUUUCAAACGGCGCUCGCGACACGAGCUUAAGAUGAAGUUCAAGAAAGAGGAGCGCAUCAAUCGACCUUUGGUGGACAAGUGUCUGCGCGAGGGCAUGCAAUUUGAUACGUCCAUCAUGGCCAGUGAGUCAGAGGAAGAUGAGCGGGUCAAGAAGGAAAAGGUCCUGACCGCCCGCAAGCGGCCUCAGGGCGACCAUGCGGGCCAGCGGAAGCGUCGCCGAGUGCGCAAGGAGCGGUCCAAUCGCGGUUACUACUCGUCUUCUGACGAUGCCGACGAAUCCUCGGACGCGCUCAACCCCACUGCACACUUGCCCUCGCCGCAUUUGCCGGCCUCGAUGGCCACGGGCUCGCCCACCAUCGUGACCCGACGAGGUCGUCUUUCAACCCACAGUCGGCGCUCCAAUUCCACGGAUGCCUCGCCUAUGUUGAAGUCUCUAUUGUCUCGAACCUCCGGGGUGGACGAGCAGGACCUCUCCGCCCCCUCUUCUGCACCCUCUUCCGCCUUUCCGCCGGGUCUUUUGGCGGCUAAUCCCAGCUUGGCUAGUGCCGUGCCCGGAUCCUUGGUGGUGGUGGGCUCGCCCAAUGAUCUUCUACGCGAGGAGGAAGAGCCAGACUUAGCAAAAGAGGCUAAUGGGGAUUACUAGUUGUACAGAAACAAUAACCACACAUGAUUUUUUUUUUAUAUACGUCAAAUGGUCAAGUAAAUUUUAUAGUAAAAGUA